GAGAAGAAAACGAAGCUUGGUUACGUUCCUGUGUCUCUUGCGGAUUUGGUUCUAUAUAUUUAAUUUCUCUUCUUGUUGAGGUGUUCGUCUUUUCACCCUUCAUUCCCUUCCCUUUCCUCUCAGAAAUCACACACUGAUCCCGAGUUGCCACCAUGGCUGAAUCGGUCGAGCUUCCGAGUCGCUUGGCGAUCCUCCCUUUCAGGAACAAGGUCCUCUUACCCGGCGCCAUCAUCAGAAUCCGCUGCACUUCCCCUAGCAGUGUGAAGUUGGUGGAACAAGAACUUUGGCAGAGAGAAGAGAAGGGGUUGAUUGGCAUCUUGCCAGUUCGUGAUGCUGCUGCUGCUGAAAUUAAGCAACUGGGUCCCACUGUAUCUCAAGGUGCAGGAACUGAUUUUCUAGACCAAAGCUCAAAAGUAAAAGACGGUUCAUCAGAUUCUCAUAAGGCUGAUACCAAAAAGCAGAAUGAUGGUGUUCAUUGGCAUAACAGAGGGGUAGCUGCUCGAGCAUUACAUUUAUCAAGGGGAGUGGAGAAGCCAAGUGGAAGAGUCACAUACAUAGUAGUUCUUGAAGGUUUGUGUAGAUUUAGCGUUGAGGAACUAAACACAAGAGGAAUAUAUCAUACUGCAAGGAUUUCUUCCCUUGAGACUAAGACUGAGAUGGAACAAGUAGAGCAAGAUCCAGAUUUCAUAUUGUUGUCUCGCCGAUUCAAAGCAACUGCGAUGGAGCUUAUUUCUGUUCUGGAGCUGAAACAAAAAACUGGUGGAAGGACAAAACUCCUUUUGGACAAUGUUCCAGUUCACAAGUUGGCUGAUAUAUUUGUUGCUAGUUUUGAGAUAAGUUUUGAAGAACAACUAUCUAUGUUGGAUUCAGUUGACCCCAAAGUGAGGCUUUCUAAAGCAACUGAGUUAGUUGAUAGGCAUUUACAGUCAAUACGUGUAGCUGAGAAAAUUACUCAAAAGGUUGAAGGGCAAUUGUCAAAAUCUCAAAAAGAAUUUCUUUUGCGCCAGCAGAUGAGGGCUAUAAAAGAGGAGCUUGGUGAUAAUGAUGAUGAUGAGGAUGACCUAGCUGCCCUUGAAAGAAAGAUGCAAAGUGCAGGAAUGCCACAGAGUGUAUGGAAACAUGCACACAGAGAGUUGAGGAGGAUUAAAAAGAUGCAGCCUCAGCAACCUGGGUACAACAGUUCACGGGUUUACCUAGAGCUUCUUGCUGAUCUUCCCUGGCAGAAGGCCAGUGAAGAGAUAGAACUGGACUUGAGAGCUGCACAGAAGCGACUGGACAGUGAUCACUAUGGUUUAGUGAAGGUCAAGCAACGGAUAAUUGAGUACCUGGCGGUUCGCAAGCUUAAACCAGAUGCAAGAGGUCCUGUGUUGUGCUUUGUUGGACCACCAGGUGUUGGGAAAACGUCAUUGGCAUCCUCUAUUGCCGCUGCUUUGGGUAGAAAAUUUGUACGCAUAUCCCUUGGUGGAGUUAAGGAUGAGGCUGAUAUUAGAGGACAUCGGAGAACAUAUGUUGGAAGCAUGCCUGGGCGGCUUAUAGAUGGAUUAAAGAGAGUAGGUGUUUGCAAUCCGGUUAUGUUGCUUGAUGAAGUUGACAAGACAGGCUCUGAUAUUCGUGGAGACCCGGCUUCAGCAUUGCUAGAGGUUCUGGAUCCAGAACAAAAUAAAACAUUCAAUGAUCACUAUUUAAAUGUUCCAUUUGAUCUAUCCAAGGUAGUUUUUGUGGCUACCGCAAAUAGGAUGCAGCCUAUUCCCCCACCACUUCUUGAUAGGAUGGAAGUAAUUGAGCUUCCUGGAUAUACACCUGAGGAAAAGCUACAGAUAGCCAUGCGUCAUUUGAUUCCAAGAGUUCUAGACCAGCAUGGGCUGAGUUCUGAGUUUCUUCAGAUUCCAGAGGCGAUGGUGAAACUUGUCAUUCAGAGAUAUACUAGGGAAGCUGGUGUGAGAAGUUUGGAGAGGAACCUAGCUGCCCUGGCUCGUGCUGCUGCAGUAAAAGUUGCAGAGCAAGAACAAGUAGUUCCAUUGAACAAAGGGAUGCAAAAACUCACUACACCACUUCUGGAAAACAGACUGGCUGAAGGAACUGAAGUUGAAAUGGAAGUGAUACCGAUGGGUGUCAAUAGUCAGGACAUCUCAAGCACAUUCAGGAUUUCCUCUCCAUUGGUUGUUGAUGAAACUAUGCUUGAAAAAGUGCUUGGGCCUCCAAGAUUUGAUGGUAGUGAAGCUGCUGAACGUGUGGCUACCCCUGGAGUCUCUGUUGGACUUGUUUGGACUGCUUUUGGGGGAGAAGUUCAGUUUGUGGAGGCUACAGCAAUGGCGGGGAAGGGCGAACUACAUCUCACUGGACAACUUGGUGAUGUUAUCAAAGAAUCAGCACAGAUUGCACUAACAUGGGUAAGGGCAAGGGCAACUGAUCUUAGGCUGGCUGCUGGAGAAGGAUUUAAUCUUUUGGAGGGACGUGAUGUACAUAUACAUUUUCCUGCAGGUGCUGUGCCUAAAGAUGGGCCCUCAGCAGGUGUAACCUUGGUCACGGCUUUGGUAUCGCUUUUUACUCAGAAAAGAGUGAGAUCAGAUACAGCUAUGACUGGAGAGAUGACGUUAAGGGGUCUUGUUCUACCUGUUGGUGGUGUCAAGGAUAAGAUAUUAGCUGCACAUCGUUAUGGUAUUAAGAGAGUUAUCCUUCCUGAAAGGAACUUGAAGGACUUGGUUGAAGUACCAUCAUCAGUGCUGGCCAAUCUGGAGAUUCUGCUUGCAAAGCGAGUGGAAGAUGUGUUAGAGCAUGCAUUUGACGGUGGGUGCCCUUGGAGACAGAACUCAAAGUUGUAGCAGCAUCCUUGGCUCAGACCACAUGUAUCGAUUCAAACAUACGGUCCCAUCCUGAUCUGUGAUUGUUGUGAAAUUGGGGACUUGGUAUAUUGAACUAUUCAACUGGUCUUCAUUGAGCAGAACACAAGAAACCAACAAUUUGGAUGGGACCUGACAAGUCUAUCUAUCCACAUUCCACACCAAACCACCACAGUUGUAUUGAGUAAAUAUUUUAGCUUGAGACCAGCUCUUGUGGGAGGUGAGAGCAACUGCAUCUUUUGCAUGCUUCCACUAACGUCUCUGUUGUAAAUUGUCUGUUUCUGUCCUGUCACCAUUUUGUUUUCAGUUGUGUAUAAAUAAUUAAUUUAUCUGAACAAGAGAGCACUUGCUCUUUCUUUAA